CGUAGGGUAUGUUGUUGCGAGUGCGACCCAAAUCUCACACCGCUCUCGAGGACACGCGCUGCCGUCGCGGCGUUUCUCCCGCCGGUGUCCCCAUCCCCAUUCCCGUCGGUCCAGCCCGCCCGCCCUCUAUCUCCUUCCCGUUCGUCCUUGCCGGUCGGCCGUUCGGCGAGCCGUCUUCCUCUCCCCCACCAUCGCUAGCGCUUCCGUCCCCCGACCUCACCCAGAAGUCCAGAACCCUAGCUCGCCCUAGGCGGUGUUUCCGCUGCCGAUUUGUCCACCGGUGAGUUCUGCAUUCCUCCCCACCUCUCUCCGAGUAUUUGGUUUGUGCCCACCAAACACAUCCCCGCCCCCAAAGUCGUAGCACAUGAGCCUCGCGACCGAGUCGCCGUCCCCGUCCCCGUCGUCAUCGAGCGGCAGCGACGAUUUCGCUGCGCUCCUAGACGCGGAGCUCGAGCUCACAUCUGUCGUCGACUCCGCCUCACUCGGCGAUCCCUCCACAUCAUCCACCAGCGACGAUGAAGAGGAUGGCGACGAAGACGUGGUGGUCGAGGUGGAAGCCGUAGAGCAGAGCAGUACAAAAAGGCGUAAAGUGAUUGAACAAGUCCAAGAUCGAGGAAUAACAAUAAAGCCUGAUGAAGAUGCCAAAGCAGGUUCAUGUAAAGAUUCUCAAAUCAAGAUCUGUCCUCCACAUCCUGGAUUUUUUGGUGGACUUUGCUUUAGAUGUGGGAAAAGACAAGAUGAAGAAGAUGUCCCGGGAGUUGCUUUUGGUUACAUCCAUAAGGGUUUGAGGUUAGGUACUUCAGAAAUUGACAGAUUGCGUGGAUCUAAUGUGAAGAGUUUGCUGCGUGAAAGAAAACUGGUACUUAUUUUAGACUUGGAUCAUACACUGAUUAACUCAACAAAACUCCAUGAUAUUUCUGCUGCUGAAAGGGACCUGGGAAUUCAAACUUUUGCAUCAGAAGACGCUCCAGAGAAAAGCUUGUUCACAUUAGAAGCAAUGCAGAUGCUUACAAAGUUGAGACCCUUUGUCUGUAAAUUUUUAAAAGAAGCAAGCAAUAUGUUUGAGAUGUAUAUAUACACCAUGGGUGACAAGGCUUACGCAAUUGAAAUUGCAAAGCUUCUUGACCCUGGUAAUGUCUAUUUUGGUUCCAAAGUGAUUUCAAACUCUGACUGCACUCAGCGACACCAGAAAGGUCUUGAUGUGGUUCUUGGAGCUGAAAAUGUUGCAAUCAUUCUUGAUGACACUGAGUAUGUCUGGCAGAAGCAUAAAGAAAACCUUAUUCUGAUGGAGAGAUAUCAUUACUUUGCUUCAAGCUGUCGCCAGUUUGGUUUUAGCGUCAAAGCUUUGUCAGAGUCAAUGCAAGAUGAAAGGGAGAGUGAUGGUGCUUUGGCUACUACUUUAGAUGUCCUGAAGCGUAUACACACGCUUUUCUUUGACUCGGCUGUUGAAACUGCUCUUUCUUCACGGGAUGUAAGACAGGUAAUCAAGAAGGUACGGCAGGAAGUACUGCAGGGCUGCAAAGUAGUCUUCAGUCGGGUGUUCCCGUCCUCUUCUCGCCCACAGGAUCAGAUAAUAUGGAAGAUGGCCGAGCAGUUGGGGGCUAUUUGCUGCGCGGACAUGGAUUCCACGGUUACCCAUGUUGUUGCCGUGGAUAGCGGAACAGAGAAGGCCCGCUGGGCGGUUGGCAACAACAAAAUCUUGGUCCACCCUCGUUGGAUUGAAGCCUCGAAUUUCCGGUGGCACCGACAGCAGGAGGAAGAUUUUCCUGUCCCGGCCCCAAAGGAGAAGAGCAAGCAGAAGGGCAAAGAAAAUGCUGACGCUGUUGCUCCUGGUCCAACUGAGUCGUAAUUAGUAAGGCAUACGAGAUGGAUUAACCACAGGUGUUUUUAUUCGAAGGGACUAUAUGUUUGUAACGGUGUUUUUACAUGCGCUCUUAGUCUCACGGGAUAGAAAAUGCAGCAUUUUUGGAUCUGGUUUGCCGGAUCUGCAGUGUUAUUUAUGGUGCAUGCCAAGUUUUGCAGCUUAUUUGAAGCUCGUUGCCUCGUUGGGCAUUUGGCCGUACAAAUUAAAUGGCAAUUUAACCAUUUGACCA